CCCCUCCACCCUACCCCACCUCCAGCAGACCAGCAGCAGUGUUUUUUGGAGAUGCUGAGGCAAAGCAGCCGCGGAUCGCCCUGGACCACGGGUGUGAGUGGGAUGGAGAUGCGGAGCGAGAUGUAAAUGGAGAUGCAAGAGGAGCACCAAGGAUCUGGACGUCCGGAUGGUUUUAAAGUGCUUUGCAUUGAACUGCAAACAGCAUCCCUUCUCUCUAAAGUAAUGCAUAAUUGACAAUUAAUGUCAAACUGCAUGCAGGAGCAGCUUAAUGCUGCUUCACGGAGUAGAACAUCACUAAUGGAAAGACCUUACGAGAUCCAGCUCAUCAAAAUACACCUUAGAGCAGCAUAAUGCCUUCAAAAGUAUCAUGUCUAUACUUGUUGACGGUGGUCUGCUGGGCGAGCGCUCUGUGGUACUUGAGUAUCCCUCGCCCAACGUCCACGUAUGGUGACCACUUGGAACUACCUAAACGAAUGAUAUACGGUAAAAAUCUCACCUUCAGCAACAUCCGCACUCGCUCCCUUAACCCACAUGCCUUUGAAUUUGUAAUCAACGAGCCAAAGAAGUGCACCAGUGUUACGCCCUUCCUCGUUAUCCUCAUCAGCACCACGCACAAGGAGUUUGAUGCACGCCAGGCCAUCCGGGAGACCUGGGGGGACGAGAACACCUUCGGCAACAUCCGCAUUCUCACCAUCUUUCUGCUGGGCUGGAACACGGAUGCUGUGCUGAACCAGAUGGUGGAACAGGAGAGUCAGAUCUUCCAUGACAUUGUAGUGGAGAAUUUUAUUGAUUCGUACCACAAUCUCACACUGAAGACCAUGAUGGGAAUGCGGUGGGUGGCAACCUUCUGUCCAAAGGCGCAGUAUGUUAUGAAGACGGACAGUGACAUCUUUGUCAACAUGGACAACUUAAUCUACAAGCUUCUGAAACCCGUCACCAAGCCGAGGAGGAGAUAUUUUACAGGUUACGUGAUCAACGGUGGUCCCAUCCGGGACAUGCGCAGCAAGUGGUACAUGCCCAGAGACGUUUAUCCUGACAGUAAAUACCCACCGUUCUGCUCAGGCACUGGCUACGUGUUCUCAGGAGAUGUAGCAGAGCUAAUCUACAAGACGUCAUUGCACACAAGACUGUUACAUUUGGAGGAUGUCUACGUGGGGUUGUGUCUGCGGAAGUUAGGCAUACACCCUUAUCAGAACAGUGGCUUCAAUCACUGGAAAAUGGCUUACAGUCUCUGCAGAUACCGACGGGUUAUCACCGUCCACCAGAUCUCCCCAGAGGAGAUGCACCGCAUUUGGAAUGACAUGUCCAGCAAGAAGCACCUCCGAUGUUAGGUGACGUGUAGAUCACUAAACACGUUAACUCCUUCGUUUUGUUAUUCCCUUUUUGAAAAAUCACCACAUUGAACAAUGGAAAAAAACAACUGAGGGCUUCUGCAGGUCGGUUUUCUGACACGUCAUUGUGUCUUUUUCUCCUGAUUACACCACAUGAUGGCUCGUAAGGCAUAUCCUCAUCCUUAAAGUUGUUUUAAGUCUAAUUUUAAAAAUAAGCAUCUUUAUGAGAUUUUAAUUGAUCAGAGAAAAACAUCAAUGUGGCCUGCAGAGACAACCUUGGUUAAAGGAAUAUUUUUGGUUUUAUGUAGUGGAGUUAUGGAUUACUAAUGAGCAGACAGUGUCUUAUCGCCCUUUAGUUUAAAACAUGUACGUCACUUUGGAUAAAAGCAUCUCCCAAAUAAAUAAACAUAAACAUUAUCGCUAUUAGAAUAAUGUCAGAUUGGAGACUAAGAGCGAAACUCAUGUGGGGGAUUUAAAAGGGACAUAACUUCUUUAGAAGUUAUAAUAGGUCUAAACAAACUAUGUUCAUGAAGUUCUUCACACUAACUUGGUGAUUUCAGUGACUUUAUUUUUGACAUUUUCAGUGCCUUCCAGAAUGAGCCGUGUCAGGGCUCUGUCAUUUUAAGGAACUUAAGCUGUUGCUGUCCACGCCCACCCAUGCCCUGAUUGGCUGCUAUUCUUGUACAUUAGGUCUAUGUGUAAGUUCAUAAUCCAUUACUUUGUUAAUUUCUACACAGCUUAGUAAAAAAAAUAGAUUUUUACUCCAUACGUUUCAGCUAAUGCAUUUAGCCAUCAUCUGCGGAUAAACGGAAGUGACGCCAUCAACACUGGUGAACUCUGAUGAUGGCUAGAGGCAUUAGCCAAAACAUAUCAGGUAAAAGGCACUUUUUUUUCUAAGCUGUGGAAAAGUAAUGGGUUUAAAUCUUCCUUAUUUUGAUGUCUCAAUAAGGGGCUUUUUGAAAAAGCUUGUUUUGGGCACAUGAAACCAAACACUGGUGGAUGGAUUUCAUUCGUGUUUGGGGCGCUUAGAGAGAGUAGAGAUUACACCAGAGAAGGAUGUGAAAAGAGUUUUGCUUGAUCCGUCCUCUUUAAACAAACAAGCACUCAAAAGAAGCACCCUUUAGGAAAGAUGUUCCAAUAAAGUAAAUCAAAUUUGAAGAGAAUUUAAAGAACUUCAUAAGCACCUAUUUUUUUUUUUACUAUAGAUCUAUUAUCCCUUUUCAAAAUAAAAGAAAACACUAUAAUAGUUAUCCUUUACAUAUUACUUUAGGAUUAAACGGUCGUUUGUAUUCUCAACCAAGCAGCGUCUGCGUUGCUGUGUGUAAUCACGCAUAGAGGCUGUCUGGUGUAUCCGGCAGCUAAACCUUAAACAGAUAUUAAAGCAGACAUGGCUUUUGUAAUAAAAAAGGGUAUUUGCAUGAGUUUUGUUGCAGCUCCUGGUAGACUCAGCUGAUGAUUAGUGUGAUGCACACAUGCUCAGUUAGUAUAGCAACAUGAAAAUUGCCCUGUGGGAAACAAGUGCCACAUGCAAAAAGGGCAGAGUGAACAAUACUUUGAGUCCGAGUUGUUUUAAGACGGUAGAAAUAUCUGAUGGCCUGUUAGCUUAGUUUCUCUCAAAUUACAAACUGUUGCCUACUGCAGAUAAGACACUAACUGCUUAAAAGUACUCUGCACUUCUAACAAAAACCCCUAUCCUUUAAAACCCCGAUACUUUAAACCUGACUGAUAUAAGUGUCCUUGAGCAAGAAUCUCGAUUAGCUUCACAGCUUUUGAUCCAGAACCCUGCAGUGCAAAACAUAAAAAUGUGAAAAAAAUCAAUGAAGUAUUACAAAAGUAUAGACCACCCCUAUAUAAUAAAAUUCAAGUAUAGCAAAGCUUCGAGAAAAAGCAAAUGUAACCCUCAUGACCAUUUAGUUGAAAUGUGCACUUACACC